CUUUCUUCCUCUGCCCUCACCUAUCCCCGGAAACCACCUCCGCUGACCUUUGUUUCCGGCUUCCGGCCGGCUCCCGCCCGCGCCGCCAUCUUGAAUUUCUGAACAAAAAAAGAGAGAGAGAGAGAGAGGGAGAAAGAGAAAGAGAGGGAGGAAGGGAAAAAAAUAAAAAUAUGAAGGCGAGGCGGGGUGAAGAAACACUCCACACGAUAAACGACGAGAAGCGACUAAAGUCAAGCAGACGCUAGUUGUAAUAUAUAAAUAAUAUCAAAUAAAACCCUGAAAUCGGAUCGCGCUUCGGCAGCCUCGAAACAAAGCGACGGAGAAAAAGAGAGAGGCGGAGAAGAAAGACACAGAAAUUAAUGAAUAGAAAAUGGAUCUGAGGUUUUGAGACGGAAUCGACGCAAAGAAAGAAAUACAAGUAGCUUAAAAGGCGUUUGCAGGCGGGGUCCUCUCUCCUCCUCUGCUGUGCUGUGUGUGUGCCCCCCCCCUCCUGUUUGGGGGCGCCCCCCUGCCCCCCCGCCAUGCCUUCAAAUGCGCGGGCAGGGAGCCUGAAGGACCCCGAGGUGGCGGAACUCUUCUACAGAGAGGACCCCGAGAAGCUGUUUGCGGAUCUCCGGGAGAUCGGCCAUGGCAGCUUCGGGGCUGUCUACUUUGCUCGUGAUAUCCGUAACAAUGAGGUGGUGGCGAUCAAGAAAAUGUCGUACAGCGGCAAGCAGUCCAAUGAGAAAUGGCAGGACAUCAUUAAGGAGGUGAAGUUUCUUCAGAAGCUGAGACACCCGAACACUAUAGAGUACCGAGGCUGCUACCUGAGAGAGCACACUGCGUGGCUUGUCAUGGAGUAUUGUUUGGGCUCCGCUUCAGAUUUGCUGGAGGUACACAAGAAGCCGCUACAGGAAGUGGAGAUUGCUGCUAUUACCCAUGGUGCACUGCAGGGCCUGGCAUACCUGCAUUCUCACAACAUGAUACACAGGGAUGUGAAGGCGGGUAAUAUCCUCCUCACAGAGCCGGGUCAGGUCAAGCUGGGGGAUUUUGGCUCCGCCUCCAUCAUCGCGCCCGCAAACUCCUUUGUGGGGACGCCAUAUUGGAUGGCCCCAGAGGUGAUUCUGGCGAUGGAUGAAGGGCAGUAUGAUGGGAAGGUGGAUGUCUGGUCACUGGGAAUCACCUGCAUUGAACUGGCUGAGAGGAAACCUCCCUUGUUCAACAUGAAUGCAAUGAGUGCCUUGUAUCACAUCGCCCAGAACGAAUCACCCACACUGCAGUCAAACCACUGGUCAGAUUACUUCCGGAACUUUGUGGAUUCCUGCCUGCAGAAGAUUCCGCAAGACCGGCCCACUUCUGAUGUUCUGCUCAAGCACCGGUUCCUGGUGAGAGAGCGCCCCCUGUCGGUGGUGAUGGAUCUGAUUCAGCGCACCAAGGAUGCGGUGCGGGAGCUCGAUAACCUGCAGUAUCGCAAGAUGAAGAAGAUCCUGUUUCAAGAGGCGCACAACGGGCCAGCACAGGAGGGGCCGGAGGAGGAGGAGGAGGUAGAGCAGUACCACUCUGGCACAGUGAACAGCAUGGAGAGCUCUCACUCCCUGCCCAGCAUGUCAAUCAGUGCGAGCUCUCAGAGCAGCUCCGUGAACAGCCUGGCCGGCGGCUCGGACGACAGCGGCGAGAUCGCCAUGAUGCAGGAGGGAGAGCACACCGUGACUUCAAACAGCUCCGUUAUCCACCGGCCCCCGGGUCAUGACAAUAUCUACGAUGAUCCCUACCAACCUGAAAUGGAAACUCAGCAACAGGGCAGUUCAGCAGCGCGACGCAAAGCUUACUACAGGAACAGAGAUCACUUUGCAACCAUCCGCACUGCUUCCCUGGUGACUCGGCAGAUCCAAGAGCAUGAGCAAGGCUCAGCUCUGCGGGAGCAGAUGUCCGGGUACAAGCGCAUGCGCCGGCAGCACCAGAAGCAGCUAAUGGGCCUGGAGAACAAGCUGAAGACUGAGAUGGACGAGCACCAGCUGAGACUGGACAAGGAGCUGGAGACACAGAGGAACAGCUUUGGAGUGGAGGGGGACAAACUAAGCAAGAAGCACCAGGGCAUACUGGAGAAAGAGGUGAAAAGUGCAAUGACUGAAGAGAAGAAGUUCCAGCAGCACAUCCUGGGCCAGCAGAAGAAGGAGCUGACGAGCCUCCUGGAGGCACAGAAACGAGAGUAUAGACUGCGCAAGGAACAGCUCAAAGAGGAGCUGCAGGAGAACCAGAGCACCCCAAAGCGGGAGAAGCAGGAGUGGCUGCUGAGGCAGAAGGAGACGAUGCAGCUGUACCAGGCCGAGGAGGAGGCCCACCUGCUCCGACGCCAGCGGCAGUACUUUGAGCUGCAGGGCCGGCAGUAUAAGAGGAAGAUGCUGCUGGCAAAACACAACCUGGAGCAGGACCUGCUGAGAGAGGACCUCAAUAAGAAGCAGACCCAGAAGGACCUGGAGUGUGCCAUGCUGCUCCGGCACCACGAGUCCACCCAGGAGCUGGAGUUUCGGCAGCUGAGCUCCGUGCAGCGGACCCGGUCCGAGCUGAUCCGGCUCCAGCACCAGACUGAGCUGGGAAACCAGCAGGAGUACAACCAGCGCCGAGAGCAGGAGCUGAGGCAGAAACACGCUGUGGAAGUGAGACAGCAGCCCAAGAGCCUGAGAUCGAAGGAGCUGCAGAUUAAGAAGCAGUUUCAGGAUACCUGUAAGAUCCAGACCCGGCAGUACAAGGCCCUGCGGAACCACCUACUGGAGACAACGCCCAAGAGCGACCACAAGACCAUCCUGAAGAGACUGAAGGAGGAGCAGACCCGCAAGCUGGCUGUACUGGCAGAGCAGUACGACCACAGCAUCAACGAGAUGCUCUCCACGCAGGCGCUGCGAUUGGACGAGACGCAGGAGGCGGAGUAUCAGGUGCUGCGGAUGCAGCUUCAGCAGGAGCUGGAGCUUCUGAACGCCUAUCAGAGCAAAAUCAAGAUUCACAGCGACGCACAGCAUGAGAGAGAGGGGAGAGAACUGGAGCAGAGAGUGUCAAUCCGGAGAGCACUGCUGGAGCAGAGAAUCGAGGAGGAGAUGCUCUCGCUGCAGACUGAGCGCUCGGAGCGGAUCCGAUCCCUGCUGGAGCGCCAGGCCCGGGAGAUCGAGGCAUUCGACUCGGAGAGCAUGCGCCUGGGCUUCAGUAACAUGGCUCUGACAGGAAUCCCCGCAGAGGCCUUCAACCAGGGGUACCCCGCCCCCCCCCAGGGCUGGACCUCUCGCCCUGUCCCCCGCAGCGGCUCCCACUGGAGCCACGCCGUGCACCCCCAAAACAGCGGGGCCCCCCCCUCCUGGAGGCAAGGCCCGGGGCAGGGCCAGAGUGCAAGCAGCUACCAGCAACACCACCACCAACACCACCAACAGCAUCACUCAAACCUGCACCAGCUGCACCCCCACCACCCCUCUCACUCCUCUCACUCCUCUCACUCCCCUCACUCCUCCUCGCAUCACUCCCCUCACACAGGGGGCAGGGAGGUGGUAGAGAGGGGAGGGGCGGAGAGGGUGGAGAGAGAGAGAGGAGGGGCCUGGUCAUCCUCUUCAUCCUCCUCUUCUCAAGCACACAGUCUCCAGUCUCUCCAGUCUCUGGCCCUGCCUUCCCCAGUGCAGGGGGCAGCUAGCAUGGGCGGGGGGGGAGGUGGAGGGGGCUUGGGGGGCAUGGGGGUGAGGGGCAGCAGCAUGCUGGCUCUCAGGAACAGCCCCCAACCCCUCCGGAGAACAGCGUCAGGGGGAGGGGCAGCCGGUGGGGAGGGGGGCAUCAGCAGAAGCACCUCUGUCACGUCUCAGAUCUCAAACGGCUCGCACUUGUCAUAUUCGUGAGGGAGGAGAGGAGAGCAGAGAGGGGUGGAAAUAGACUCCCACUGCACAGCAGUUUGAUCCAUUCCUGGUUUCACUAGGAGUUUAAUAAGAAGACACACCUGAGCUUGUUACCUAUACACACUGGGGCUGAUCAAGCUGGUAUUAAAACCUGGAAUGGGUGACACUGCUGUGCAACAGGAGUCUGAUUUCCAUCCCUGGAGAGGAGAGAGCAAGAGAGGAGGAGGGGGGGGGGGGAGGGGAGGUUGUCUUCAUUGUGGAGUCCUGGUGGAGACUUGAGAACCCAGUCCGUUUCUUUUUCUUUAAGUCAACCUUUUUGCAAGAUCUUUACAAACUUCAAAAAAAUUCUCUGAGGUUUUUUUUUUUUAGUUCAUGGUGUAUGGUGGCCUUGGUCAGCACUCCUUAAGGGAGGGCCCAGUGAUAAUGUUAAUAAAGCUAAUAAGAGGUAAGAGAAUGGAUUUUAAAAAAGUCUUGGUUGGCUGCUGUGGUAUAACACUAGUCCAAAUCAUUCACUGGGACAUAUGUAUGUAUGUAUGUACGUAUGUAGCUAUGUAUCUAUGUAUAUAUGGAUGAGAAUCACACUACAGGAUAUUAAAACACCACCUUAGCCACAUUGUGGCCCAAAACACUAACUACAACCUUUUUAAAUGGAAUUCUUGAAGGAAAGUUGUCAUCGGAAUAUUGUUAGCUGGAUAAUAAUAAUAAUAAAACUACAGGAAGCAUAUUUGUUAUAUAAAUAUUGGGCCAACAUUUUUAACUUUCUAUGUUUUUUUAAUAACUCUCAUGAUGAUGAUGAUUCUAUUAUAAUUUUCAAGGAGUGGGGGUCGGGGGUGAUGCACUAAUAUUCGAAUGCUACAAAAAAAAAAAUAAUAAUACAGAAUAUUAAGCCUGUUUCAAUAUUGCAAGUUAAAAAUGUGUUUUUUUUAUAUAUACUUCAUAGAACCAGAACACAUUAAUUUCAUUUUUUUAUUGAGAAAGGAAGAAAGCCGAGUUUUGCAGAACAGUAUCGCUGACUUUUGAGACAAACAGUCAAUGAAAGAACACUUGAGGGCUGUUUUUUCAUCUUUGUUUCAUUGUGUGGUUCACAUACUUGUGUGUCCAUAACGAUUAAACAUUCACUAGUGCCGAAUCUAGAAAUACUAAAAGAAACUUAAGAAGUUCAAUGGCAUUUCCACUAGAAGUCUUUCUCGGUGUCUUCAGUGUAAACUCAAUGUCCUUGUAGUCAAAACAUCUGUCAUUGAAUUUACACUGAAGACACUUGAGAGACUUCUAGUGGAAACAUCUGUCAUUAAAUUUACACUGAAGACACUUGAGAGACUUCUAGUGGAAACAUCUGUCAUUUAAUUUUAUGACGUUUCUUUUAGUGUUUCUAAAGAAAAGUGUGGAUCAUUUUAGAUUUUUUUUUAUAUAUAUAUAUAGUUGAUAAGAAAAAAUAUUACAGUCCCUUUUUUGUGAUGUUUGCAUUCUGAACGCUUACAAUUCCUCAAAUACUGUGUUACUUUAAGUUCAGGAGCAGCUCUUCAGUUCUGAUUCAUGUAUAGGAGAGAGACGAGCUUCUCAAAGCCACGUGAAGCCAGGUUUUAAAACAAUAAGAACUCGAUAUAGGAGGAGCAACAACCCAGAACCCCUCGGAACGAUUGGAGCAAACACAGGAAGGAGGGGUAACUUGAAAUAACGUUCAAAUGUGUUGACAUCGAAACUGAAUUCUGCAUGUCCUUCAUAGUUUAUCGAUGGCGAUGAGACUCAGAGGGUCUAUAAUGAAGAUGCCAACUUUCAACCUGUACGAAAUCUGAAUAUUCUUGAGAAAUACGCUCUUGUGUGUGGUUGUGUGUAAACUUUGCUUUAGAACUCGGAUUCCUCUUCUGCCAGAGUAUUGGGGGUGCUGAUUAUGGGGGUGCGUUGAGGAACGGUAAAUGAAAACUAAACGAGAUCACAAGCUUAAAUUAUCAUGAGGUAAUUAAUCUUCUGAUCCGGAUUGAACAGAUUUUAUUUAUUGGUUUAUUUCUUAAUUUAUUUCCUCCUUGUUCUCGAAGAUCCACUGUAAAUUACACGUAGAUGCCAACACUAAAUAUACUUUUUUGUGCUUUUAAUUUUGUUUGUUUUUCUUGAACUUUUUUUUUCAUGAAUACACACGCAAUCAACUAGGACCAUCUUCCAAAUCAUUUUAUUUUUAUUGUUUAUUAACAAGCAAGAUUUUUUUUUUUUAGGAAUUCUUUAUUUCUUGUUUAAUUUACCUUGUUUUGCCAACAAUGUCCACAAGAGGGCGUUUGUGAGCUGUUACUGUAUAACUAUUAGAAAAAGGCUGCACUUCCAUUUAAGACGGGGGGGGGGGGCAGUGUGGGAGGGGGAUGGGGCGAAUGUAUAGGGAAAGCAGGAUUUAAAUAAAUACAUAACAAAAAACAACUAAUUGAUCUUGUUUUUAAUAAAAGUUAUCAUAUGUGAAAUGUGAUGUAUGUAAUGUUCAUAAAAAAUGUGAAUAGACGUUUUAAAAAAACAAAACAACAAAAAAAUGUAAUAAUAAUAAUAAUAACCUCUGUUGCUCUUUGGAAAA